AUGCAGGCGAACCUAUGCAAACGCGACGGCGGCGAGCUGCGGCUGCUGGACAAGGAUGGCAACGUCCUCAGGGUGUUCGACAUGGAGGGCAGAUCUUUGCUGGCGCCGACGCGCCUCGACUUCAUCUUCGUCGACAGGGCGCAGCUCGGUGCCAUGAUCAUCGAUCCGGUGCCUGGGCGCGACUUCCGUCGUCGGCACGAACGAUCCCCUGCCGCACGCCUGGUGGGCCAAGUCGUCGUCGAGGUCGACCGCCCUGAGUGA